CUCUGUGCGUGGCGAAGUCACAGAUGGGCGUGGAUUCGUGGAAUUAACGCAUCUUCCCUUCAGUUCCACCUUCCUCCGCAUCCGUCUCCGUGGAUCUGUCUCCGUGGAUCUUUCUCCGUGGAUUCGUCUCCGUGGCUCGGUCUCCAGGCUGGCCGGCUCUCAGGAUGACACCGACCCAGUGACGGAGGAAGGAGCGUCUCCUCCUCCUCAGCAGCCAUGGGGAACCCGCUGCCUACUGCCGCUGCUGUGACGUUGUGGCUGUUUGCAGAGAGUGUAGAAGCCAAGAAGUUCUGCUGGUAUUUUGAAGAAAGAUAUCCUGCAUAUUUUGUAUGUCGCUCCUACGAGGACUGCUGUGGAACCCGCUGUUGUGUGAGGGCCUUGUCCAUUCAGAGGUUAUGGUACUUCUGGGUUCUGCUCAUGAUGGGGGUGCUGUUCUGUUGCGGCGCAGGCUUCUUCAUCCGCAGGAGGAUGUACCCCUCGUCUCUGAGAGAUGAGCCCAACUUCAACGUCUCCUUCACCAGGCAUCCUGUCACCACGCCAGUUUCCCAGCAGCCAGGCAGUAUGCAGGGCUUCAGGAUGAACGGCAUGGCUGGAGGAGAUCCUGGGAUCACAAUGACCCAACCUUCCGAGCCGGGCUCCACCCACGUGAUGAUGUGGUCCUACCCGCCACCUCCAUCUUAUUGCAAUCACCCUCCGCCACCUUAUGAACAAAUAAUCCAAAACGACAACAAGAAGUAGAGUCGUUAAAGAGUCGCAAGAGGUGGAGCAUUUAGGGGGAGGGAAGGUGAUGAAGACGAAGUGAAGCUGAGGAGACAAGGGACGUGUCUUCAGUUAGCAGGUGGAUGAAAUCUGACUGAGUGAAGAAGUUAAUGAUGGAUUAACCAUAGAGAUGCUCACACCAACACCCCCGUCUAGUCCACAUAAACACAGUCUGAUUGGGAGAACCGGUUUGGUCUUCAGCAUUCCAACAGAGAACGCCAUGAGCUACAAAUCCUGGAAACAACUGAUUUUUAACCAAUAAGAAUCUUUUCUUGUAGUGUCAGUUUUGUGAUGGUGCAGACAUUUGGGCAUUUUAGUGCAGCAUCAAGUCAGGUUUCUCCUGCAGAGGCGUCUCCUUACUAAAUACUGCUGGACUGACGGUUCACAGCAGACCAGCUGGUUUUUCCCUUCUUAAUAUUUUUAGUCACUUUCAAUUCAGGUCAAUUUAUUUCUGUAGCACCAAUUCACAACACAUGUCAUCUCAGCUCACUUCAGAGAAAUUUAUUGAAAUCAUCCAGGCAGUUUGGCUAGAACUUUCCUGUCUAAGGAAUUUCUAGGAUUCCCUCUUCCUGCAUGAGCAGGUAGAGACAGUUUCAGUUGCAGAUAUUCACUUGCAAUGUACCGUCGAUGCUACAGCAAUCCCUCACAAUGAGCAUGCAACAACAGCAGAGAGGGAAAAACUCACAUUUUAACACGAAGAACAUCCAAAAGAACCAGACUCCGUGUGACCGGCCAUCUGCCGAGGCCAACUGGGGUUCAAGAAGACAGAAGCAAACAUGCAAAAUGAACAGAGAAGCACUGAUCUAUAAAUAUUUUCUACGUUAGAAAAGGUAACAUAAACUAGCUCCCCAGGUGGCUAUGUCUGGGAAAGAAACUGUUAAUGAGCUAAGUUCUGAGUCAAUUUUUUUUUUUUGUCAAAGGGAUGAAAGAGAGCACGUCCAGUUAUUCCCAGUAAAAGCUGAGCCCAUAUUUAUGUCUAGGAGAAAACAGAACUAAGCACUGAAAAACAGGCCCAACUUUCUUAUAUAUUACUAAAGGAGUUGAUGGCAGCAGCAUACCUGAUAUUUCUCCUCAGGAUGGUGUCACAGCCAAACAGAAACAGACCAGAUGAAGCUAUUAUGAGAAAAAGCAGGGAGAGCAUAAAGUUAGACAAGGUAAAUAAUAUUGCAAAGUUGGAGAAUAGAGAUUGAAUGAAGCAGAAUGAUGUAAAAUGGCUCCUAUGUCCUCCAGCAGUUUAACCCUAUAGCAGCAAACUAAACUAGCUCUACUGGUAGUUAUGUGUGGGAGAGAAACAGUUAAGCAGACAAGCUCUGAGUCAGUGUUCAUGCCAAAAAGGAUGGAAAGAGAGCACAUCCAAUUAGUCACAGUAAAAGCCGAACCCAUAGCUAUGUCAAGGAGAGAAACAGGAUUAAGCACUGAAAAACAGGCCCAACUUUCUUAUCUAUUACUGAAGGAGUUGGAAGGCAGCAGCACAGCUGAAAUUUCUAUCCAGGGUGAAAUAAAGCUAAGCAGGAAGAGACCAGAUGAAACUACUAUGUGAUUUUAAUUAAAUUUCUUAUUUAAUGUAAAGGCUGUAUUUAAAGUUUUUUUCAAAAAUGUUUAACAGCAUCAGUAGGUAUCAACACAGUUUGGAGCAUAUGUGGAAUAGCUGCAGUCCAAAUGACCAGGAAGUGGGUCGAGAUUUAUCCUGCAUAAAACACAGCAAAAUAGUCACAUCUGGCAAUGACCCGCUGAAAGAAAGGCACCAGGAGUUCAGAUACCCUGUAGUUAUGAAGCAGGGUAUAGAGAACAGCUCCUGCAUACAGAUUUGCUUCUGCAACAGAAGAUCACCCAGCAGUAAAUAAACGGAUUAAAGCUGUACUUUGCCAUCAGUCACAGGUUAGAAAAACCUCUAAAGCUCUGCUGAGUCCAUCUGAGAUGAGCCAUUAGUUGGGCAGAUAUUCUACUGUUACCCGCAUCAGGCUGGUGGUGCAUCAAUAAAGACCUCCAUAUGAACCAGACCCUCUGGUGGUUUUUUAAAUCUUGUUUUGAUGGGAAGUUACCUCACCAUACCUGAUGAUUAAGUUCUGGCAGUGGUGCCUGAAAUCUGUUUAUUAUUGCUUUGUUUGAUUUUUCCAAUAAAUACCUACAUUUUUAAGGAACUUA